UUGGUUCCCGAUGCUGUCAGUCAGUCCGGUAGGCAGAGAAGGGGAGGGACUCUUGGCUGUGCUGUGUGGGUACGCUGCGGUGUCCAGAAAAUAGAUAAAAUAGAUUCUUACCUAUGAUUGACGCAACUAAGUUACAAACUCAUUCAACUAGAUACUGACACGCCAAACUGGCAAACAGACGAUGUCGAAGAGGAGUCGCGCGUUUGACUAGUGAUUUACAUGCGUUUGCCCAACAACUCAUUACGAAAAUCAAGCUAGUUAGCAACAUGAUGAUGGCCAGCUGAACAUCGUUGUGCCUUCAGCUUUUGUUAUUAUUGCGCUCACGGUUUAAUCCUCGAUUUUCAUGCUCUGAAUUGGGGCCUUUCAUGAAUCCUUUCCACAUGCAAUCUUAGAAUUGUAGUUAUCUGGCCAGAGCUGCUCAGUUUUAGGUGCUGUGCGCCUAAGCUAAGCUAACAGCACAGGAUUGGUGUGCAUGGGCCAAACCCCUUUCACAUAUUAGCUCACAGCUAACCAGUCGCUGGAUCUACACGAUUGGAACAGAAAGUGGAGAAUUUUAUAGAAAGAUACGCGGUGCAGCUUGACCAAGCAGAAUGUUGGUUUGCAGAAACCUACGGAUCAUUUGUUUGGGCUGUGAUCGAGACAUACAUUGACCCUAAACAACAACAACCGAAGCCCCGGUCUGCAACAUGAGCACAUUGUGAACCGUGACAUUGAUCGGUUUUGUGUCUUUCAACGAUGUAGCUUUGCUACCUGCGUGGUUUUUAUGCGGCAUAAUUCUAAGGACAGUAAACAAUCAAGGAAUCAUGUCACAAGAGAAGAUGGAGCUGGAUCUGGACAUCCCGUCGUCACUCGAUGGACACUUGAGACGAUCUAACAGCGAACCCAUGAUAAACGGCCUGAGUGAUGCUUCACAGGUGUUCCAGAGAGAGGUUCUCCGCAGCAGAAGAAACAGUACUACUGUUGUUCGACCCAGUGUGGUUCCAUCUUCGCCAGUACGUGUUCCUAGCACAAGACUGCAGAGGAUCAAACAGGAAGAGGGUGUUGAUGUGAUGAAUCGUGAAACUGCUCAUGAAAGAGAGGUGCAGGCAGCCAUGCAGAUGAGCCAGUCUUGGGAGGAGAGUCUUAGUCUGAGUGAUAAUGAUGUUGAGAAAUCUUCAUCAUCGUCAUCUCCAAAGCGGAUUGAUUUUGUGCCUGUGUCUCCUGCUCCUUCGCCCACCAGAGGGAUCGGAAAGAAGCAGUGUUUCUCUCCGUCUCUUCAAAUCCUGGUGACCAGUAACGGUCUGACGCCCAGCCCUGUUCCCAGCCCGACACGUCGCUUCAGCAGGAGGAGUCAGAGCCCGAUCAACUGCAUCAGGCCUGGUAUCCUGGGCCCUCUCAAACGCAAAUGUGAAAUGGAGACGGAAAGCCAGCCCAAGAGACUCUUUCAGGGAACCACCAACAUGCUGUCCACAGAGGUGUCUCACUUGCCUGAACUUAACACCUGCAGUGUGUCUCCUCCAGAUCUUCUGGAUGGGAGUCUCAGCAGCGUGGGCUCCUCCUCAGACUCUCCUGCCAAGAUGGAAGGAGUGUCUCCUUCCUCCAGUAACUCUUCCCUCACGCCCCUUCAGGACCUCUCCCCUAAGUGAUCCGCUGAGCAUCAAGGAAAUCGGAGGAAGACUGGGCCGCUUCUCAGGCCCUUUCCCACUCAUUUGACUCUUAUCCCAACAUGGCUUUAGUUUUUUUCCCCUGAAUUGUCCCGUUAUGUUACAUUCAAAGCGAGGUGAGAGUAUUCCGUGUGGGACAGACCCUAAGGGGAUGGAGAGACUGUGGAUGUUUUUUGCAUCAGCUGCUAUAAAUAGAUGUAAAACAUGGUGUAUGGAUCUGAAUCAAAGUGAACAGUGUCACGGAAGAGGCUCUUGGAUUAAGUUUUGUUUUGGUUCCCUUAUUUUUUUGAUAACGCUUUGAAAAGAAAACGGUUGUAAAAACGGGAGAACAACUACAGGCACGUUCUUUGAUUUACAAUCUCAGCUUGCCAACCGGUAUUGUGUGUGUGUGUGUGUGUGUGAGAAUUUAACUUAUUUUUUGCUUUUAAUUGUAAGUAUGUACAUAAGAUGCGUGCAGAGGUAAAGAGCUCAACCGGCAAACUGACAGCUGCCUCUUCCGGGGUUUUAUUAGCAGUGCAACUGCACUUUACAGAGGCUGAAUUUCAUUUCAGUUUUUCAGGAAUGGCCUUUUUCUUUAUUUUCAUGUAGGUGGAGGAAGGUGUUUUCAGAGCUUGGCACUUCAUCCUCUGUUAGUAUGACAUUUCAUGGUUGCGAUACACCACUACAGCAGAUGGGAUUUAUUAUUGCAGCUGUUGGUAACCACUAAAUCCUCAAUUUGAACACUACAGAGAAACUAAACUGCCUAUGUUGAUGUUUGUCAACCGAAAGACGUGCGUAUAGCCGUGUUGUCAUUUUCACAGCUUUAAGAGAACGGAGCAAAACAUCCGUGCUCCGAUGAAUGAUGCCCAUUGUAUGUUUUUACCUCUCGCACAGAGACUUUGCCCUGUUUUUGUUAUUCAGGAAGGAUUUGGAGCAGAAUGCGCUCUACAGAGUAAAAAGGAUUUUCAGUGGUGUUUUUCGGAGGCUGUUAACAGUGACACAUUUGGCAGUUUAAAAUGUGAGAACCAGACAAGUGCAAAGGAAUGAAAUCCUCCCAUCAAAACGGUUAUUUGUGGAGUUAAAAUUUUAAAAUGUAAUCUACUGAAACGGUGUGCCAUUGAAUUUGUAUAGAAGAGAAAUGUACAACUAAUUGUAGGUACUUUAGGAAAUAGUGCUUUCUUUUGUAAAUCGUUUUCUAAAUUUCAUUUAAAGAAGUUGCAUAUGAUAUAUCAUAAAUUCAUUUUUUUCUGUGGAAGAAACUGAUUGUAUAAUCCGUUUUUUUUUUUUUUAUAUAAGUCAAUUGAAAAAGUGAAAGUUUUUCACGUAAGAAAAGUGACGCACCACAGUUUGUCUCUUUUUCUGAAUGUCUUUGCAAACAAAAAUCCAGUACGUGGGUCAUGUAGAUCCAGAUUCUGUCCUGUAGUGAUGGGUGAAGUGUUUAUUUUUUUUAUUUUUUUCUGUGGACGUGUCUGAUUCUUUAUUUAAUGAUUUUACUCUGUCUUGUCGACUCGUACAGUUCUUUUAAAGCCUGUGCACGUGAACUCUGUUGAGGAGGACUGAGUGCUGUCAUGAGAGCGUAUAGUUGUGCUCCGCUCUCUCUGGACAAACGUUGUUCCCAUCAUAUCGGACACUUCCAGAUGUCAGAAAUAAAUUAUUUGUCCAGCUA